UUUUCUCCAGGCGUCAAAGCUUGCGACGUCCUUAUCUAUAGCCUUAUCAGGGCGAGGCUCUUAAGGAACAAUCGGUGCAGUAGUUAAUCAGUGACAGCGUUCUUAAUCAGUGACAGCUUGCGUGGUCAAUCAGUGACUGAAUGCGCCCCAUCGAUCAAAUACAUCUCAAGAUUUGGUCUUCAGGAACGUCAAUGUCACGCUUAUCUGGUCACAGAUCAGCCUGAUUAGGAGCCGAGGCAAGCCUCCCUUCGUUUCGUGUGUCAACAAAAUUCUUUCCUUCUAUAUUUAAUUCUUUUAAUAAAAUAAAAUGAGCGCAGAAGACAAAGAAUCCGAUGAAAGCGCAGUGACUCGACAAGAACGGACGACGAGACUUGGAAUCUGUGUUCGAACUCCAACCACGAUUAUGCAUGAUGAUAAUAACGAGGAAGAAUUUCAGACACUACUGAAUGUCCCUUCUUUAUUGCCAUCGCCGGAAAGAGUGCAUUCUCUAAGCGUAGGCAGCAGACCGAAUGUCACACGAAAUGCAAAACUGAAACACUCGGCUUCCGUAGAUUCUACGAGUACUUCCGGCAUAUGUAUUCCCAUGGAAAAUCUAAACUUACUUCCUAAAAACCACCCCCAAACAAGGCUAGAAUGUACUUCGGAAAAUAAUGAAGAGGAAAUACAACCUUUAUUGCACUCUACUCACAGCACCGCGCUAUAUUUUAGUGCUGAAGCGGCUGGUUGUGCGGCAAACAGCUUGCAUGUCGAAGCUUGUGAUCUCUCCAGCACCUCUGUCAAUUCUAGCGCCUCAGAUGUUGGCGUCUUUUUCGACUCCAGCACUGAAGACUCCGACACUUCAAAUGUUUCACCACAUAGACUUCAACUUGAGAAGAAUUCCAAGUUCAGUCGUCCACAAAUCCAUUAUGAAAACGAAACUGAAAAGAAAGUGGCUUAUGAAGUUAAUUCAAUCGAAUUUGACCCUUUCCCAAGGCGUAGAUCUUCACUAAAACCUUCUUAUAUAUCAAAUUUGUCACAGAGAAGGAAGAAUCCCACAAAUUUUGCUAGGGCAGCACAUUUGAAUGAAAAAUUUACUGCUAAUAAGGAAGAACAAUUGAUCAAACCGAAAUUGAAACCGUCCAAAAGCUUGUGGUUACUCCAAAAAGACACACAACAAAAGACGCGGAGAGUUUCGGAGAUCACCAUUCCUUCAAUAGCGAUCAACGAUCAAUUCGUAACAGGCAAAGGUCAGGAUUUCAAUGGGGAAACGACGCCGGUUAAGAGGAAGAAUAGUAGGAUUGAAGGAUUUCUCAAACUCUCCCCGAAAAUCACGCGAGGUGUUCACGCUAUGAGCAGGAAGAGGAAGAAAAGCGCCGCAUGUGAACAAAAAACUGAAAUCCCACUCAAUGUACCGUCAAUAUCGACAUUGCUGGAUACCGCAAGAAUCAUAGAAGAUGACUUCAGAAAAUCGGCACGCGCGGAACUGAAGGGACUUUAUUCGGACCUUUGUGUGCCUCUACCUCUGCAUUGGUUAAAGGAAGAGCGACCCAUCAGAAUAAGUGACAUUUACGUCGAACCUGAUCUAACUUUCAACCGGAGGGUAGUUAAAGUUGAAGACCUAUUCAUCGUACAGCCAAACCGUUCGUGCAAAAACCCUUUGAUAGUAAUCAAGGGUCAACCUGGGGGUGGAAAAACUGCUCUAUGCCAGUUUCUUAUUCAUUCAUGGUGCGUAAACGAAGGAAAAAUUCAAACUCUAGCUGACUUCGACGUACUACUGAUGGUAGAAUGCCGGUAUGUGAGCGUGGAAUUGAUGUCAUCCCUCCGGAACAUCUACCUGAAAAAUAGCAUAAAUAAGCUUCCAAAGACAGAAGAUGAUGAUUACCUGCUGGAACUACUCAACAAUCCCAAGACCCUAAUCAUUUUAGAUGGGUUUGAUGAGUGCCAAGAAUCUUGCAGAAAUCUACUUAUAAAUAUCAGGAAAAAGCUUCGGGACGCCAGAGUGAUCGUGUCAACCAGAUUGUCUGGAAUCAGAGACAUCGAAGAAGCCUUGAAUCUUGACCUAAGCUAUGAUAGCAUCGAGCUUCUUUUGACUCUUUUUGACGAAGAAAAGUUCGUGAAGCUUGUUAUCAACAUCUCGAGGAUGUACGGCAUGAAUGAUCAGCAACAAUUUGCACUUCUGGACAAUGUCGAUGACAACUUCGACGACCUCAAAUCGGUAUUGAACGUUCCACUGCACGUUGUUCUAUACCUGAUGCUUUGGAUCCACCAACCAGCGAUCCUUGGGACCGUCAAAAAUGUGAUCGAUGUUUUCGAUGGGGUGAUGGCGCUGAUGCGGCAUCAACUUUUGUCAAUCAGCACAGCAGGCGAAAAUAAAUUAUUGGAACGAAAGGACGAAGCUCAGAAGUACUUGAUGGAGGUCGGCCGAGUUAGCUUGCGGUGCAUCCAGGACCGGAAGUUUUACUUCACAAACACGGAAUGUAACGAAGUCAAGCCCCAUUGCGAAACCUGCCAUCUGAAUCCCGACACGGCCCUCCGAGUCAUCAUGGCCGACGCUGCCUCCCCAUUCAUGAAAAAUGUCAAAAUAUUCUUCCAUGUAACUUUAAUGGAGCAUGUGGCAGCAUCGUUUCUGGAUUUCAACAUAUCUAUGACUCGAUCUGGGAUAUUUCAAACGCUGAUGAAUGUGAGCGUGAAGAAUGUAACUGAAAAUUCUUGUGCGUCUUGCAUGCCGUUGACUUUUACCCCAAAAGCCACGAUGACGAAUUCAGGCACUAGGAAUUACCAGCUUGACAGCACAAUUAGCCAUCUGGUGAGAAUAGCGUGCAAAAACAAUCACAAAACUUUCAAAAUGGGUGAAGAGUUGGCCAUAUAUUUCUCGUUAACGAGCAACCGUAACUUAGUUACCCUCUCCAACAUCAUGCCGCACUUGCAAGAAGAAGACCACCCCUUCAAACAAGGACUCAGGAAAGGACUUUCGAAUCAAAGCUUGCCUAAUCCUAUUCAUAAUUGGAACCUUAAGCACGUCGUAAAUUUGAUAAAGAACGGGGCCCUGAAACCGACGGUCAAAGUGAAAUUCUCCGUUGAACACAACAAAAAUUGGGGGCCCAUCGUGAACGAGUUGGUAAACCUAGGCAGCAAACCUAUAAUCAAAGUCGUGCUCGCGGACACGGUUCAAAUGAAAGCUCUUAACGAUGCCCUCGAAGUUAUUGAGAAUCCCAGCAUUCCGAAACUCUACCUUCACUUUGGCUUCAUUGAGGCAGGUAUUAAUGAACUCGUCAAACUAUGGCCGUUUCCAAAGACGAUGCAUAUCGUCAGUCCCGCUGGAAGUUACACGAUUGAGGCAUACCUGGCAUGCGUGGCAUUGGCCAAUGCUAUGGGUAAAGAUCAAAUUAAGAGCAUCAGGUUUACUGGCAGUGAUUCAAGCUAUAUUUUGUCGCUCCUAGAAAAAUCCUUGCCUAAGAUCAAGAUUAACUUUCAACUAGCUAACCGCGACGCCGCACAUUUUGAGAUUUUCCUAAAUCCGCGGACAGUUGAUGCUUCUUAGCUUUAAGUUUUCGUCGAAGCUAGUUUCUGCUUCAAGGGAACUCCUAGCCGAUCGUUAAACCCCUGAUGUUCCUAAACUGUUUUAUCUUU